AUGGCUCGAAAGCCGUCACAAAGAGAAGUUAAAUCCAGCCGCACCAUCAACCGACCAAAAAACCGAGCGGGCCAACAGAGCCCAACUCGGCCAUUGUUAAUGCUAUCAUCGCAACCGCUGAUGAAUGGUUCGAUGUUAGAAGCCGGACUCCUCGAAACUCCUUUCGUUGGUUUAUUCGUGUGUCUCAAAGAUAUCGAUUGGCUCAGUUUGAGUUGCCCCCCAGCCCAGUUUGGAUCAGACCCAUUUGCUGCAAUGUUUCAAUCAUAUUCAUGCCUCCCGAAUCUAAUUGGACCUCCACUUGGAAAACGCCAAAUGUUCCUCGAAGUAUUUGCAGAGAGCGAGCGGCUCAAACAAAAUCCAACCAUACCGCCUCCACCAUAUAACCCCGUCUUAGAAAAUCCUGUAGUAACAGCCAUAGUAACUAAGCUUCAGCGAGAGCAACAUCGCAUGGAGAUGCCCUACAGCUUUGAGGAGCUUUCAAGAAGGUGUAGCAAUUAUAUUCGUUACGGCAGUUGCUGGCAAAUAUUGAGAACACUGCUCAGCACCGAUGAAGUUCUCCUGAUCGACCCCAAGUACUCCUUUGACAAGCCCAAUCCCGAAACUACCUUUGAAGCCGCGUCCCUUGGAGUUUCUUCAGCUCCACCUCACUCAGUAGCUUUCUGCAACAUGAGCAGCAACGGUAACAGCAACAACAAGCCCCCCCUCAUGUCCCUGGCCACAAUCGAAAGUCCACCUGUGAAACUUAGAGACGUGGAGUCAGAUGAUAGCUUUUCAUUUGAUGACAGUCUGCCCGCCGGAUUUGGCAGUGGCCAUGUUUAUCAGGGCCCUUGGAACAGUUGA